AUGCAUGUGCAUAUCAUCGGGUCGGCGCUGGCAUUCAGCGCCACAGCAUCCGCCGGCGUUCUUGGUCGUGCUUACAACACUACAUCCAGCGAUUGCGGAUCGAUAACAUCGGUGCCAACACCGACUUUGACAGGCUCCUGUCCCCUCGUCAGCAGCGCCUCGGCAGCUUACCUCUCGGCCAAGCCAACGGCGGCAGCAGCCGUUGUGCCAGCCGGGCUCGCAACAGCAUGCCUCAAGUCUGUCCCACUGGACCCCGAGAACGACGUGGGCCUCAUUGACCACCUCCUACCACUAGUGCAACUGCAAAGCACCCUCGCCUACCUCAAGAACCCCCCAGAAGAGUACCUAGAGAUCCUGUCUCGGAACCUGCAGUUCCAGGACCCAGACGCCGACUAUAAUACCGUGUUCUCGACGGUGGCAGGCGACGUGUCGAUCGGGGAUGCUUUCAAUCGAGUGUUGGAGAACAUGGCAAUCGUGAACGCCAAGUUCGACGGUAUUGUGAACGGCGAAUUGCUGCAUCAAGUCUACGAGCUGCCACAACCACCCAGCACCACCACCACCACACCCACUCAAUCGGCAACCGCCACUUCAACCACGUCUCCAGCACCGGAGCCCACCGUGCCUGGCUAUCCCUACCCUGUAGUCAAACACUUUGACGACUACGUAGCGGGCUACUUCCUCAACGACACAGCAUACGCGGACACCGCCGUGCUCGUAGCAUUAUCCUUCGAAUCCUCAGCGCCGGGAAAGAACUUGACAGCCGACUUCUUCGAGUUUCGGCGCGUCGUGUCCACCUUCCUGGACGCCUGCCGCGAGGCCGGCAAGACCAAGCUCGUGAUCGACCUGUCGGGAAACGGCGGCGGCUCCGUCAUAGAAGGGUUCGAGCUCUACAAGCAGCUUUUCCCGUCGGGCGAGCCCUGGGACGGCAUCCGCGACUUCUUCGGCCCGAAUGAGUUCAACGGCGACGAGUUCACGAGUCUGCUGCGCCGAAAUUUCUCCGAGCCCGGCGGGUUCGGUUCAUCUACAGCUAUGACCGUAGUAACGGGCUACGGCGACGUUCCCGCGCGACCCGAACAGCCUUUCGCUGUGGAGGAUAUUGUGGUCGUCACGGACGGUGUCUGCGCAAGCACCUGUACCAUCUUCGCCGGCCUGCUGGCGCGGCAGGAGGGCGUGCGCACUAUCGCCAUGGGCGGACGGCCCAUCAGCAGUCCUAUGCAGGCCAUCGGUGGUGUCAAGGGUGCUGAGGUCCUGAAAUUCGAUGACUUUAUUCCAUGGGUUGUGGGUCUUGCCGACCAAAACGAUGGCCUUGCCCCCCUUGGCUUGCCGUUUCCUGACACAGCCACGCCGCCCAUCCUCGGAUCAGGUGGCAGUUUCAACUGGAAGAACGCGUAUGCUGGGGAUGACGAGACGAGCACGCCGCUGCAGUUUGUCUACGAGGCUGCCAAUUGCAAGCGCUUCUUCACGGCUGAAAAUGUGUUCGAUGUUAGGACGGUCUGGCAGGAUGCUGCGGAUGUCGCCUGGGGCGAGGGGCUGUGUGUGUUCGGUAGCACCACGACGGACGACGGAAGCAUCGCGGCUGAUGUCCUCCAGUAUAACGCCGACGUCAGACCUGCCGUCGUGUUCCCAGCUGUGCCCGGUAGUCCUGGGACAGAGACGACGCGGUAUGGGUCGAAUUGCACGUCGUCAUCUGUCCAUAAGAAGCGAAGCGCCGGUGCCGUGCCCAAGACCUUCACCGCCGUCGAGACUGAUAUCCAACCUGAAUGGAUCAACCUUCCAAGUAACCGCUUCGGUACUUCUUGA